GACGGUUGAGGGGAGGCCCAGCCCUGGUGAGCUUGUCCUACACAUAAUAAUAGUAAUAAUAAUAAAAGCAUGAUACUUAUUACUCUAUUUAUUUUAUUUGUACAUAGUUGUACAUAUUGUACAUAUUGGGGGGGGCCUCCACAGCGAGAGGAGCGAGACGUCUGAGGGGAGCCCCAGCCCUGUUGUACAUAUUGCGGGGGGGGCUCCACAGCGAGAGGAGCGAGACGUUUGAGGGGAGACCCAGCCCUGUUGUACAUAUUGGGGGUGGGCCUCCACAGCCAGAGGAGCGAGACGUUUGAGGGGAGACCCAGCCCUGGGAAUCAUGACUUCUCCACAACGAACGGUGGCAUCCCACGUGCCCUUCGCCGAUUUGUGUUCCACGCUGGAAAGGAUCCAGAGAAGCAAAAAACGCCCAGAGAAGAUCAAGCACUUUACGGAGUUUCUAGACUCGUGGAGGAAAUUCCACGACGCCCUCUAUAAGAAGGCGGCGGGGGUGGCGGAUUCCUUUUAUCCAGCCAUGAGACUGAUUCUGCCUCAGCUCGAGCGAGAGCGGGUGGCCUACGGCAUUAAAGAAACCAUGCUGGCCAAACUUUAUAUCGAGCUGCUCCACCUCCCCAGAGAGGGAAAAGACGCGCUGAAGCUCUUGAACUACCGAGCGCCCACCGGGGCUCGGGGGGAUGCCGGCGACUUCGCCACCGUCGCCUACUUCGUGCUGCAGCGGAGGUGCCGCCGCCAAGGCUGCCUGUCCGUCCAGCAGGUGAACGACGAGCUGGACUCCGUCGCCAGCAACAACUCCGCCAAGAGGAAGGACCUGGUCAAGAGGAGCCUCCUCCAACUGAUAACCCAGAGUUCCGCCCUGGAGCAGAAGUGGUUGAUCCGGAUGAUCAUCAAGGACCUGAAGCUGGGCUUCAGCCAGCAGGCCGUGUUCUCCCUCUUCCACCGGGACGCCGCCGAGCUGUACAACGUCACCACCGACCUGGAAAAAGUGUGCAGGCAGCUGCACGAGCCCUCCGUGGGGCUCAGCGACAUCUCCAUCGCCCUGUUCUCCCCUUUCAAGCCCAUGCUGGCGGCCGUCGCGGACAUCCAGAAGAUCGAGAAGACCAUGAACCAGAGGAGCUUCUACAUCGAGACCAAGCUAGACGGGGAACGCAUGCAGAUGCACAAGGACGGGGACGUCUACAGGUUCUUCUCCCGCAACGGGUACGAUUACACGGAGCAGUUCGGCGCCUCCCCCCGCGAGGGCUCCUUAACGCCGUUCAUCCACGGGGCGUUCCGGGCCGGCCUCCGCAACUGCAUCCUGGACGGCGAGAUGAUGGCCUACAGCUCGGCCACCCGCACUUUCACGCAGAAGGGAAGCAGGUUCGACGUCAAGAGGAUGGAAGAGGACUCCGACCUGCAGACGUGCUUCUGCGUCUUCGACGUCCUCAUGGUCGACGACAGGAAGCUGGGCCACGAGACCCUGCGCGGGCGGCACGAGAUCCUCCUCGGCGUCUUCACCCCGGUGGAGGGGAGGAUCGAAGCGGUGCCGAAAGCGCAGGCCGUCACCAAGAGGGAAGUGAUCGACGCGCUGAACGAAGCCAUCGACAAGCGGGAAGAGGGGAUCAUGGUGAAGGAUCCCUCGUCCAUUUACAAGCCGGACAAACGCGGAGAAGGGUGGCUGAAGAUCAAGCCGGAGUACGUGAACGGGAUCAUGGACGAGCUGGACCUUCUGAUUGUCGGCGGGUACUGGGGGAAAGGCUCCCGGGGCGGGAUGAUGUCUCACUUCCUGUGUGCGGUGGCGGAAACGCCCCCGCCGGGCGAGAAGCCCUCCGUGUUUCGCACCUUGUGCCGGGUCGGCUCCGGCUACACCAUGAAGGAGCUGUACGAUCUGGGCUUGAAGCUGGCCGAACACUGGAAGCCCUACCGGAAGAGAGCUCCCCCGGGCUGCCUCUCCUGCGGCACGGAGAAGCCCGAGGUCUACAUCGAGCCCUGCCACUCGGUCAUCGUCCAGGUGAAGGCCGCCGAGAUCGUCGGCAGCGACAUGUACAGGACGGACUGCACGCUGCGCUUCCCGCGGAUCGAGAGGAUCCGGGAGGACAAGGCGUGGCACGAGUGCAUGACCGCGGAAGAGCUGCAACGGCUCCGCGGCAGGGCCUCCGGGAAGCUGGCCUCCAGGCACUUCCCCGCGGAGGACGGGGAGCCGCAGGGGAAGAAGCGGAGGGCCGCCCCCAGGGCCAAGAGGCCGCUCGGGGUCGUCGAGCACCGCAAGGCCCCGGACCUGGCCGACGUCCGCCGGGUCGCGGACGUCUUCGAGGAGGUGGAGUUCUGCGUCAUGAGCGGGACGGACAGCCACCCGAAGGCCGAGCUGGAGAGCCGGAUAGCGGAGCUGGGCGGGUGCGUGGUGCAGAACCCGGGGCCGGACACCUACUGCGUCAUCGCCGGCACCGAGAACGUCCGGGUGAGGAACGUCAUCUCCUCCAACGGGCACGACGUGGUCAGGCCCCAGUGGCUCCUGGACUGCUUCGAGGCCAGGCGGUGUCUGCCCUGGCAGCCGCGCUUCAUGGUCCACGUGACUCCGGCCACGCAACGCCACUUCGCCCGCGAGUACGACCGCUUCGGGGACAGCUACUUCGCGGACACCAGCCCGGACCAGCUGAAGGAACUCUUUUCGGGCAUGAAAGACGUCCCGGAGCGGGGGCCCCGGGAGAUGGCCCCCGUGAUCGCCGACGUGGAAGAUCGCUACGCCUGGGACAGCCGCCCCCUCGGCCUGUUUCGCCGCCACACGGUCUACGUGGACCGUUACCCUGCCGCGGGCCGGCCCGGCACCGGGGUCCCGGGGACGGGGCUGGCCACCACGGCCUUGGAGCUGCGGUUCCACGGCGCCAUCGUCGUCGCCCGUCUGCGAGAAGGGGUCUCCCACGUGAUCGUCGGGGAAGACCAGAGUCGAGUCGGGGAGCUGAAGGCCUUCCGGAGAACUCUCCGGAAAAAAUUCAAAAUCCUCCGGGACCUGUGGGUGACGCACUCCAUAGAGAGGGGCGCGUUACAGCAGGAAUCCCGGUACUUGAUUUAAGGCCGUCGGCUUUCCCGGUGGACGCGGGACCUCCGGGCGUGCGCGAGGGCGCACGGAAAGCCAAAGACGUCUCUAAUUAUUUAUCUCAC